AUGGCGGCUUAUAUGCAUGUCAGCAGUCCGACAGGGGUUGUCGGCAUCCUUACCGGCCUGCUCGUCCUGUACGCGGUAUCUCGCUGCGUCUACAACCUCUACUUCCAUCCGCUUCGUAACUACCCGGGCCCUUUCCUCCACCGAGUAACACGCCUGGCCUGGGUAUGGCGCCUGCUGCGCGGCACCAUGUCCUUCGACGUCCUGGAGUUCCAUAACAAGUACGGGCCCGUCGUGCGUGUCGCUCCGGACGAGCUCGCGUUCCUCGAUGCCCAGGGCUGGUCCGACAUCUACGGCCACCGGACCGGGAGCAAGGCGGGCACCGAGGAGCUGUCCAAAGCGCUGGUCUUCUAUCUCCCCAAGGGCCAGGCCCCGGCCAUCACCACCGAGAACCGUGAAAAUCACACUGUGCUCCGGCGGCUCAUGUCGCACGGCUUCAGCGAGCGCAGUAUGCGGGAGCAGGAACCCAUCAUCGGCGGGUAUGUCGAUCUUCUGAUCCAGCGAAUGCGGGAGAGGUGUGUCGAAUCGGACGCAUACAGCGACGAGCCUCUGGCAGGAGAUGCCGAGAAGCAAGGCCGACCCAAGGCCAUCGACUUGCGACAGUGGUACAAUUUCACGACGUUUGAUAUCAUUGGCGAUCUUGCGUUUGGCGAGCCCUUUGGGAUGCUCGAGAACGCUCGCUAUGACUCGUGGGUCGAGCUCAUCACCGAGACCAUGAGAACACUCGUUGUAUUGGCCGGGUUCAGGUACCUGGGCCUCGAAACGGUGCUCGCUCCUUUCCUUUGGUUCGUUCAAAGGUCCCGCAGGGAACACCUCCACAGGGUGAAAGAAAAGCUCGAGCGUCGCAUGGCCUUGGAUGUCGAAAGGCCUGACUUCAUCGAGGGUCUGCUCAAGAAGAAGGAUGAAUGGAACCUCAGCCUCGACCGUCUCCAAUCCAACGCCAACACGCUCAUCGUAGCCGGCUCCGAGACAACGGCCACUCUACUAACGGGCGUCACGUACCUCCUCCUCUCGCACCCCGAAGCGCUGAAGAAGGUCACCGCGGAAGUCCGGACCGCGUUCGCAGCGGAGGAGGACAUCACGCUGACUUCGGUGGGCAAGCUGACCUACAUGCUGGCGUGCCUCAACGAGGCCAUGCGGUGCUACCCACCCGUGCCCAUAGGCCUGCCGCGCGUGGUCGGCCGGGGCGGAACCACCAUUGCCGGACACGAGGUACCAGAGAAGACCUAUGUCGCGUGCUGGCAAUAUGCGCAGUACCACUCCACCGCGAACUGGACCGAGCCCUUCGAGUACAAGCCCGAGCGCUUCCUGGAGGGGUCCAAGAAUCCGGCUGACCGCCACGACACGCUGCAGCCAUUCUCCGUGGGUCCGAGGAACUGCAUCGGCCGCAAGUACGUUUCGGGCCAUCACCCCUGCCUUUCAAUACCCAUCGAGGAACGAGUUACUAACCUGUUCCCUAGUCUGGCCUACGCUGAGAUGCGGCUCAUUCUGGCCAAGAUCCUGUACAACUUCGACAUGAGGCUGGCCGAUCCAAACUUCAACUGGCUAGACCAAAAGGCCUACCUCCUUUGGAAUAAGCCCGCGCUCAAUGUAUAUCUGACUCCUGUGCGGUAA